AUGGCUGGGGGCGAGCUUGUGAGCCCCUCAAAUGUGUUUGAAGUUGAUUCCCUCUUUCGCUUUAGUGGGGUAAGUCUAAAAGAUGCAAGUCGGUACCCAUGCACCUUCUCCAAAUCCCCGAGCCUGGGGUACUUUACAGUGGCAACAACUCCCGUCGCUUCCAGCCCUACAAACACUGCCGUUACGCCGUCACCGUCCUGUUCCCCGCCAUCCCCGAUCCGUCACCGUCAACUGUCAACCGUUCAAAUCCAAGCGCUCACAAAUGCCUUGAUAUUCUGGUGGGAUACCCGAUUGUCGAGACAUGGAAUCAUCCCCUUUGACAAAGCUUUACGGACCUUGAGGUUGCUCGAGCAGCAACACAAACAACUGUCGGAAUUGCUUAAGUUGCCCCGCGGCCCACCAAGCCAGGCUGGCCCCGAUAACAUCCCCGAGGAGGACGAGAAGGAGGAACGGGAAGAGGGCGAUCACAAGGCGGUGACUCGACAAGAGGAUCUACUUCCCACCAAGAAGAAACCUACCGCGAAGCCUCCUCCUACCUUGUCCCAUUCACGAUACCCUGGUCGCAACCUCUCAUCUUCGAUCGCGAGCAACUUGGCGUCGGCACGAGGCAUCCGGGCGAGCUAUAGCACACAACCGCUCACACCAAGUGUUUCGAACGACCAAGCGCCGGGGAGUCUGGAGGUCCGACCCCGUCGAGAGGGUUCUUCGAGGAGCAAGCCCCGAAACCAGCUGGAACAAGCGCGGGAUCCGAGCUGGGUACCCCCAGUCACCAGGGAAGAUACCGCCAACGAACCCACGAAGACCGAACCGAGCAGCCCGACUCCGAGCGAAGAUGGUUUCUCUCGGUUUUACAGUACCUUUAACAGCUUGAUCAACCGGCUCUCGGCCCCCCUGGCGUUUACCGGCCUACCCCUGGUUCCAGAGGAGUCAACGCCCGCACCUACCUCUCACCCUAGUGAGCCGCCUCAAAGGAAGCCUCGGCAUAAAACCUCCACAGCCGCCGAGCCAGAUCUCUCCAAGAUUUACUCUCGCGCCACGCUCCGAUCCCUCGAACGUGACGGCCAUGGCGCAGCAGACUCUUUUUACGUGGUUCCCACCAGCGGACAUACGGCCUCGUACGCCAGCGUCCUGAACCACGAAAAUAAAGAGAAACGUCGCCUAGCAGCGUCGAUGCACCGCGGCGGGGACGAAAACGAGGACAACGAAGACGAAGACGACUUUGUCGAUGCCCGAGAGUCACAAGCGCCCAUGUCGCCGACCUUCCGGAAGCUGCUGGCCAGGGCCCGGUCAGACAAGGACCUGCGCAACAUUGUCGAGGAGCUGCACCUCGAGAACUCGACCCUCAAGGACGUGCUCGACAAGGUGAGCAAGCGGCUGCACAAUUUCGAGCUCAACUCCCAGAGCUCACAUCUUGCGCUGGCCCAAAGUCUGCGACUGCAACGGCCCACCUCCCCCAUCUCAUCUAGCGGUCAGGGACUGGCGGCAGGUCAGGCAGCGGCCGGGGCCAGGGAGGAAGCGCUGAUUAAACGGAACCGGGAGCUUGAAGAGCAGAUGAGCGAGAUGGUGCAGCGCAUGAACAGCCUGGAAAAGGAUCAUCUGAAGUUGCAAGUCACGUUGGAAAAGUACAGGGAACGGUGGGAGAAGCUGAAGGCGGGUGCCAAGGCGCGUAGGUCGGCUCAGGAUUUGGUUUAUGAGGGCGAGCCGAAGAGGUGA